UUUCAGGGGCUUACUUUUUUAUAUCUAAGGUUGUGAAGACACAAAGUCAAGUUAAAAUUAUUUUUUGCUACUCAGUUAAUAGUUAUCAUUUCAUUAAUUGAAAUGUGUAAUCAAUCAACUUAUGUCAAAGAUCUUCUUCUAACUAGGCUGUCAGGAACAGCAGCUCCAGCUCCAGUUUUGCCUGCUGAGCAGAAAGAAACCAUCCAGUCGAUGGUAAGAAGGAGAAUUAUAGGAUUAGAUCGAAGCUCAAUGAAAAGCAUUUUGCAUAAUCAGAACAAAUCAAGCUUUUCUUCUUCUAAAAAUUUCACUAAUAAAAGAUUCAGAAAGACCAAUACACCAGAAGAUCUGAAAUUAAAAACGGCUCUCAAGCAGUUUCAGCUGGCAAAACUUGAGGAAAAACAUGCCAAAGCAAAUUCAAUUCAACAAAAUCCUCUUUUAUAUGAUGAAAAAUUACUUCAAGUCAAGAAGAAGCUACUAGAAGAGAAAAAAAUUGAAAGCACUCGACUAAAGCAAUCUUCUCAAGAAGAAGCCUUAAGAUCACAAGUGAAGUAUUCUGAAUGGAAAAAGAGACAAGAGAUAAAAACUAUUGUGCAAGUGGCGAAAAAUUCUCAAGAAAAAUUCAUUGAAAAAUUUGAAUUCCCUUCUAAUGAACAGAAAAUUCAAAAACCUCUUACAUGCAGCAUUCCAGAAAAAUAUAAUUUUACACAAGUUUAUGAACAUGCAAAUGAAAAUUUCUGCCAAAGUGCAAAUAAAUCCACAGCUUUAUGGCCUGCAGAUCAGCUUCCAAGUGCACCAAGUAGUAGAACAAUUCUGCAUGAACCUGGACAUGACUGCCAAACCAUUUGCAUAAAUGAACAAUCUCUCCCAGCUCGUUUUCAGAGAUCAUCACCCACUCAACUUGACUGCAGUGUUCAAAGUUCUACUAAUCAUUCAAUUAAAAUAAAUGAGCACCAUCAUAAAUCAGGGCCUCUUCACACUGACAAGGAAACCCUCCCAGUAUUCUUUGAGAAAGUUCCUCCUAAAGAGACAGCGAGAAAUGGAAGGGAAAAUCAUACAAAUCCAUUUGAUGAUUUACUGGAAGAAAAUGAUGCAUUUGCGCUCCUGCUUGAUAUGAUGGAUGGAUUUCCUGCCAACAGUGAAGGCGCUACUGCUCUGCGUGUUCUGUGCUCUCAAGACCAUGCAACUAGGUCGAGCUUACUCUGUAAUAAGACUCUACACUGGACUCCUGCAGGCAGGAUGAUCCUGCAAAUUUAUCAACAGCAGGAUGAACCGCUCCUACCUGCGCCAGUACGUCGCUCUUUUGAGAAUCGUGCUCGAAACGAUCAUCGCGACUCGAAUCAGGAUGAAAAUACAUUGAAUUGCGAGCUAAAGAGCUCACAGACGCUUGAGACUCAAGGUAGCCUGGCUUCUAACGUCGUGAAUUCUAGCUCGAGCGGCUGCACUCGCGUUGAGACAGCUGCUAGCUUUCCAAAUGGAAUUGAAAAUCACACAGUUCAAAACUAUAGAUACUCGUCUGACUUCAGUAACGUCCCUAUCGAUUUGAUAGAAUGUGGAUCGGCUGGUAAUUCUCAUCCACUAGAUGGAACUGUUUCUAUGGAUUUCGUUGCUGACCAAAUAGACUUUCCUGUUGAAUAUGAGGCUGCUGUUCGGGAGCUACCAAUCGUGCUUGGAAGCAAUAAUAGUUCUCAAUUAAAUUCCGAAUGUCGUGACGAAAUUGGGGAUGGUCAAAACUAUAACGACCCCCCAAAAGACAACUGGGGAAAUAACUGUGAUCAUCUUUCACUUCCUAGUCCACAGCCCUAUUUAGCAUCAUCAGAAAACGUUUUCUCGAAUUCAUUUAAAAACUUUGAUGCGUUCAAUGGGGCGAGUUCAAAUUUGAUCAUGAAUCAUAGCCUUUCUAACGGAUUCGUUGCCAUUCACGAUGAUCAUCAGUUUAAGUGCUCAAAUGUGAGUGAUGGCUUAAUCAAUGAAGAAAUUUGCGCAGAUCAAUUAUCUGUGCAAAACACUGGAUUUAGUUAUCACUGUCCUACCACUCAUGCAAAGCAAUCGAGUUGUCUUUGUGGAAGCUUGUGCGGAUCGAAUGGCCGCUGCAAAUAUUUCAGUGGCAACACCGAAGCUUAUGUACCUCAUGCAACUGAUUCCUUACCUAUAGUCGCUCCUAGUCAAACUCGCUCAAAGCUUACGCCUUCUCGAAAUGAUUCAUUUUCAUUCAAUGGUGGAGAGGGUUCACGAAACCAAAUAACAGCUCCCGAGAUUUCUACGACCUCAUCUUCAUUUGCUACGUCUCGGCGCAUCGCGCAGUCUCAGCUGUCGUCCCAGUCUCAGACGAAUGGACCAUCUAGUCGUCAGCACCUAAUACCCAGUAACUGCUCCACUCGAGGUGAUUAUUUCCUACCAACGUUCUCGGAUAAGAAUUUAAUUGGAUCCCCUAGACCAAAUUAUUAUUUUAAUUCGCCAAGAAUCAGUGCCUCUCCUGGAUCCACUUAUUCGAGUUCGCCAUGCACCUCGUCGACUUCGCUAAUCGCGUGCGAAGCUUGCGACAUGCUCGAGCCCCAGGACACCUGCCAGAGCAACCAACUCACACAGGAUGAGUUUGAAGCCAUAAACGGCGAUGGGUCGGGACCCAUCAUGAUGCAGGUGCUGCCGUAGCUGCAAGCGAUUGGCGUUCGUUUCAUAUUCUCAACAUUGAACUUCUUGUGAUAACAUCUUGGUUCCUCGUGCGUCAAUUAACCAUUGUAACAUACAAAUAUUUAUACUCUCGGGUUUCAAAUUUGCCUCAGAAUCUAAUAUUAUGGCACUAGUUUAACCUUAAGACGGUUAACCAUUGUUGAAAAUCGUGUAAGAAGCUUGAAGAAAGAGUGUUGAAAUCACAUGGUAUUUACUGCAAAGUUAUCCGUUUGUCCUCAAGAUAUUUUUGUAGCGAAGGUAGAUUUAUUCAAUAGAAGGCUCCAUCAGUUAACUCUCCAGAAAUUGUUAAAUUAUCGACCUUAUCUCUAAGUAUAAAAACUGUAGACCCUAAUUAAUCAUCAAGGUCCGUAUGUUCAACAUAUUCUUCAUAUAACGUUUCGAAAUGAGUUGUCAAGCUUCUUUUGCUCAUUUCUCACCCACCUCUAAUUUUAUUCUAUUUUCAGUCAAAAAACUUGAUCUAAGCUUUAAAUACCUUCUGCGUUUUCUAAAAUGAGAAAUAGAUACAUGAAUAAAUUUCAAAUCUCUGUCGUGUUUGUCGGUAUUCCCGCUUCUCAAAUUCAUGGCAGCUUAAUUUAUCUAAUAAAUAUAUAUUAGUUAUCAUCUAUUACUUCUUGUUAUAUAUUCUUCCCAGUAGAACUUCAGGGAAGAAAAACUUCAGUUGUUCCUCCCGCGUACAAUCGUCCUUCAGUGCCGUCUUCACCCUGGAAUAUUUGUUUGUGUCUAUUUUGAAUGAAGGAAGUACCGCCAAUGUUUGCAUAUGCAGAAAGUACUCUUCAUUACUUCCAUUGAAUAAAGGCUAACAAUGCACCUUU